CUGUGGCUCCUGUCCCUCCGCGACUCGCCGUUUCCCAGGAAGUUUACUCGGGCGGCAGCGUGCGGCUCUGGUCCGACUACCUCAGCGUGCGCUUGCACCCCAAGAGCGUCUACGUCAUCCACCAGUACAUGCACGAUGGGGACUGUGGUUGUCUGGAAGCUUUCGGACAAGGCGAGAGUCUCCUGCAGGAUCCUGGCUGCAUCGAGGAGUUGGAAGAUCGGCUGCACUUCUACGUCGAAGAGUGCGAUUACCUACAGGGAUUUCAAGUCCUCUGUGACCUACACAACGGAUUCUCCGGGGUUGGUGCCAAGGUGACAGAACUGCUCUGCGACGAGUACUCGGGAAAAGGAAUCCUGACCUGGGGCUUGACUCCAGUCACAAGUUCUGCGGGAGAUUCUCAGAAGAAUUUUUACAGACUGAUGAACACAGCCCUGGGCAUCGUCCGUCUCGCCAGUCACAGCUCGCUCUUUUGCCCCAUGUCGCUCUGCGGGAGUCUGGGAAUCAAGCCACAACCUCCCGUUACGUUCCCGUACAUAAACUACGAUGCGUCGCUCAACUACCACAGCAGCGCGAUUCUGGCAGCCGCACUCGAUACCCUGACUGUGCCUUACCGCCUCUGUGCCUCUCAGGGCUCCAUGAUGCACCUCGCUGAAACACUCAACUUCUCGGGGAGAAAGGUUGUGGCUGCGUGGGCUUCGGUUCCCUUUCCUGCCCUACGUGGCUACUCGCUCCCCGACGCUUUGGGCGCCUUCCAGCAGGACGUGCCCUGGCAGCUUCUGUCCUCAAAACAGGGCGGCUGCUGUUUUGCUCAGUCUGUUGUGCUACGAGGAAUUUGCAAAGAAAGUCCCGUCAGCAGCCCUCCGGGAAAGCAGCCCGCUUCUCCACUCCGCGCCCGUGAGAGUGCGGAGCAGAUUCUGCAGCAUUACCUACACGCUCGCUUUCCGGGGGCGUUCAGCACAGCCCAUGUGCUGCAGCAGCCAUGUUACACCCUACCUCCCUACCCCCAGUUUUUUUCUACUCUUCUGACCAGACAAGGCUACCUCCAGGACAAACCUCCCAGCUUCUCCUCAGCAGCCGUUGAAAGCAUCCCUGUCCUGGCGGCCCUGCAGUCGUCCCCGGUUCUGCACACGCUCCUCCACCGCUUAUACAAGGAUCUGCAGAAGCUGAACACGCGGCGAUGGGCCAGCUUCUUCUCCGCUGGAGUGGAACAGGACGACUUCCAGGAGGCCCUGCAGGAGCUAAGAACUCUGUCACAGUGCUACGAAACGGGCUCCGCAGCAGCUGAAUCUGAGGAUGAAGCAGAUUCAGACUAA